CCAAAAAAAAAAAUCAUUUCUUGACACCUACUCUCCUUAUAAAUCAUAGGUCUUCCUCUUCCCCAACAACACUUCUCACAUUUCAUAAAAAGUGAGACAAAUUAAAGACAGAGAGAGAUCCAAGAACAUGAACUACACGGUGGAUGAUCAGAACAUGGCUUUUAUCUCUCAACUGUACCCUGAUGUCUACACUCAGAUAGUACAACCAGGAGAAGUGAAGCAGCCGAAGCGGAGGAGGAAGAAGACCAAAGGAUCCGUGGCUUCCGCAGAUGGAGGCAACGGUUUGUUUAGAAAGAGGAAGCUGACCGAUGAACAAGUGAACAUGUUGGAGAUGAGUUUUGGGGAUGAACACAAACUUGAGUCGGAGAGGAAAGAUAGACUUGCGGCAGAGCUAGGGCUUGACCCUCGUCAAGUUGCCGUUUGGUUUCAGAACCGUCGCGCACGGUGGAAGAACAAAAGGCUCGAGGAAGAGUACAAUAAACUCAAGAACUCACAUGAUAACGUCGUUGUCGACAAGUGCCGACUUGAAUCUGAGGUUAUUCAGCUCAAAGAACAACUCUAUGAUGCAGAGAGGGAAAUCCAAAGAUUAGCAGAAAGAGUAGAAGGAGGCUCAAGCAACAGUCCAAUUUCGUCUUCCGUUUCCGUCGAAGCUAAUGAAACGCCAUUUUUUGGAGACUAUAAAGUCGGAGAUGAUGGCGAUGACUAUGAUCACUUGUUUUAUCCGGUGCCGGAAAAUAGUUACAUCGAUGAAGCGGAAUGGAUGAGUCUAUACAUAUAAAUUACUAGCUUAAUGUAAUAUUAUAUCAAGUUAGUAUCGUGAAUUAGGGAAGCAUAUUUCUAAGUAAAUUUACUAGAUUAUAUAACUGUUGCAUUUCUAAUGUACAAAUAUAUUGACGAUGAGUUUCUCGCUAAUGUAAUUUGGCUAUCUUUAUGAAAGCAACAAUAUAAAAUUGCUUAAGUAGUUAAAAAAAAUU